UGUUUACUUUUUAAAAACGCGACAACUUGAAAAAUGGGGCGCAAAAUACCCGGAAGAAAGCACAGGGGCGUUAAAGAUCCCGAAAAACAACAAGCAGAAAGAUUUGCCAAAAUAAAAGACAAAAUAAAUGCACCUCCAUCCCACCCAGACGACCAGCAAAUUCCAAGCAGUCUUUCCAGGAUAAUUGACCUAAAAAAUAAGGUGAAACAAGGCUUGUUCAAUAAAAAAAAGAAGCAAAAAAAAGAUAAAACAAAUACAAUUAAAAAAAUAUCAAGAAACCCCACUCCAAAGUUUGAACAAUUUCCUGGAGAAACUGACAGAGAAUUCAAACAUAGAAUGAACAGAAUAUGCAGCGAAGUCAUCAAAGAAGCAGCUUUCGAGGACAAAUAUCAAGUGGACAUUAAACGGAAUCAAGAUGGCGAGGUGGAAAAAGUUGUAAAAAGGCCCAAAGACGAACUGGAACAAUUAGUCAAAAAACUGAAGAAAGAACAAAAAUCCAAAAAAAAUUAUAAAGGCAAGAAAAUAAAUCAAACAGAUACUGAGCCCAAACUAACAAAAUCACAAAAAUGGGCUUUGAAAAAGACUGCAAAAAAGAAUAAGAAACAAAACAACAAGGAUAUAGAUUUUGGUUUUGUGCCACAAAAAGAGAAUUUCAAAUUUGGGGAUGUUGUACAUGCACCACCGACACUUGUGGCCCCAAAAAAAGUUCAAAAAAUACAGGGAGCUGCAAGGCCUGGUCAAAAGGAACUUUUAUUGAAAUCAAUGCUAACUGAUGACACAAAAAUAAUUAAUAAGACAGAAAAUAAUAAUACUAAGAAAACUAGUUUUACAAAAGUUGCAAACAACUUGGAUAAAAAGGGGAAAAGAAAAGACAUGCCCCAUGCUUUGAGAAGACAAUUGGACAAGCAACAAAAAGAAGUUAUCGAGGCUUAUAAGAAGCUAAAAUCUAAAAAACACACUGGUUCAUCAGGAGUUUAAAUAUUAGUGUUGAGAUGUUUCAAUUAUUAAAAAAAAAGUCAAAAUAUAUCAAAAUCAACUAAACUUUUAUUUCUAACCAGUCUGUACAAAAACCUCAACAAAUGAUAUUAAAAAAAAAAGAACAAAAUUUUCUAAUACAUAAUAAUUAUAUACAAUACUUAAUUAAUCAAAUUUAUCACAAAUUAUCAUGUGAUAAAUAUAUCACUUAAGUUAUUUAAGGCACCUUGAAAUUGCAAAUAAUGCAAUUUGUGUAUUCACAAUCGGCUUCUUAAUUUCAGGUGCCAAAAUCGAAUUUAUAACAUCCUAUAUUAAAGAGAGCAUUUUCACUCAAUAAUUAUACUACAAACUAAUAACAAACUUACCAAAUAUCAAAAAUUAAAUAAUUUUUUUAACAAACAAACAAAUCAAUCUGGCAUCUUACUUGAGUAUUUUCUUCAGUAAUACAUACUGAAAUUUUAAUGGCAAAUAAUUGCUUCUGUUUCAAAAAAAGAAAUGCCAAGCAUUAGAGUUUAAAUAAUCACUGAACAUUCUUACGAAUAAUAAUAAUACUCGGACAUAAUAUUCAAUAAGUUCUUUUUGGUAAACUGACAAAUUAUAGAUUCGAAAAAUCAUCACCUUUUAUUUCCAAUUGAUGGAAAACAAAGUUCAAAAACUCCUUAAAAAUUAACGGAUUCAUAUUUUUGCCCACAUUAUAGAGCAAGAAAAAUUGACCAUGUGAAAUAUUCCACACAAUAAUCCUCAAUUUUUUCCUGUUAAAAGUACGAGCCUGAGCUAUCAAUAUAUACAGACGAAAGUGCACCCAACAAAUAAUCAUUGCUCUGUAAAUUAGGGCGGCGAUAGUCAGCAAAAACAGACCUGCUAUCCAGAACCAGAGGAUAAGGAAAAACUUUUCGUUUAAAACGUUCAAAGGGAGCACACAGAGGGCGUCCCUGUUGACGAAACUACCCGAUUGUCCGAAUUUAUGGUAAGUGCAUUUGGUUCUUUUUGGGAAGACUGCGUUGUAAGUUUGCGGCCAGGGUUUGGUGACUACGUCGUAGCCGUAGAGGGAAAAGCGUCCUUCCAGGUACCAGUCCAUUAUGUAAACUUGUAUUAUCUAAAAGUGGAUAAAUGAUUUGGAACAAACCAAUAUUCAAAAUCAUGAUUAAAAAGCAGAAGAUUUGAAAAAAAUCUGAAAUUUGCGGUAGGUAAUACAUAUAAGGUCUGUUCCAACCCGCCAAAAAACUGUGUUUGAAAGUUUGAAGAACGAUUUCGGUUAAUUGGACAAUGAUUUCACCAGCUAUGUUAGACAUUGGAACAUAUUUGAGUUAUAAUGUGUACUCACCAAAUUACACAAAUUCAAAACUUCACAAAUAGCGAAACGAUAAGCGAAAAUGUCGUGGUUUUCUUGGUUCAAAAUAAACCGUUUUAUUUGUUCCUUUCGAUCUGGCGACCAUUUUUCUGAUAUAAGCGGACCACCUGAAAUAAUUGAUUUUCUUUUUAGUUGAAUGUAUGUAUAAAAGAAU